CGAGUUUUUAAGAUGUUGACCCAAUAAUAUAUCAGGCCGACGCCGUACAAAUACAAAUAAUAAGCUGGCGCCAAAACCUGGCGCUAAGUUGAAAAUUUUAAAUUUCAUAAAACUAACGGUGAAUUCAAAAUCAAAACCACACUCUUAAGAUAAUUCCUUUCAAAAACACACGCACACUCUCUCUCUCUGCGUAAGAUCUGGAUGUUAGAGUUGAAAGGAACGGAGGGUUUCUCAUUUUAUGCACAAAUCUCAGGUACUCCACCUCCAUCUCUACCUCUAAAAUUCAGUAUCUUUUGUUCAUGGGGGUUUCUAUUUUAGUCCAUUUCAGCUGCUAUUAUGUUGUUAAAUUCGAAGCAGUUUCUGGGUAAUCUUGCUUCUCUCGUAGUUUUAAUGAAAUUGAGUUAUUUUUUAGCACUAUCAAACAUGACCCAAUUCAACGCAUUCUCUGAAGUUGCCCUUUUUUCAUCUUCCCCUAAAUUUCUCUUGGCUUAAUUGAGCAGUUAGGGCUUAAAAUUCAAGAAAAAUGAGUGGAUUAUGACCUACCCAUGUUGAUCUCAGCUCUAAUUUUCAAUUUGAGCAUCUGAGAUCAGAAAAAGGACAGUUUCAUAUCCAGUUUUAGCCUCUUAAAUAUCAAUCUUUUCUCUGUAUUUGUGGCGCCAAUUGUUUAAUUAUGGUGAGAGAGCAAAGGUUAGAGUCUUUUUACACUCGCCUCCGCGAAUCAGUCUCGGCUUCAUCACUCUCUCCUCUGCUUAUAUUUCCCUCAACUUCCGAUGUUGAUUCACUAUGUGCUCUUAAAAUAAUAUUUCACAUCCUUGAAUCUGAUUCUGUCCGCUACUCUUGCUAUCCCGUUUCUUCUUUUCAAGAAAUUCAUAAAUAUGCUGGCCCUGAUCUGACUUCACCUUCAAGUGAACCCAUUUCAAUCCUCUUAAUUAAUUGGGGUUGCCAGCGUGAUUUGCGUAGGUUACUCAAUUUAGGUCCAGGGGCGCGUGUUUUUGUCAUUGAUAGUCACCGCCCCAUCCAUUUGCAUAACCUGAGCGAGCAAAAUGACAGUGUGAUUGUGCUUUACACGCAUGAUGAUGAAAAUCAAGCUGAUUUAGCCUAUGAUUUUGAUGUUUCCGCUUUGGCUAAUGCGAGCGAGUUGAAUAGUGAUGAUGAGGGUGACGACAGCUCAGAUAGUGAAGAGGAGGAAGACAGUGAAAGUGAAGGUGAAGAGGAUGGGAGUGGGGAGUCAAGGAAGCGAAGGAGGGUUUCAAAGGAGAAAAAAGAUGAUCCAGUUCAGCUUUUCAGGAAAUUAAAGAGGGAAUAUUAUAACAUGGGUACUUUCCAUGGAAGGCCCUCAGGGUAUUUGAUGUUUGAUUUGUCACAUUCUUUGAGGAAGAACACAAAUGAAUUGCUUUGGUUGGCUUGUGUUUCACUAACUGAUCAGUUUGUUCAUGAAAGAUUAACGGAUGAGAGGUAUCAAGCUGGGGUUAUGGAGCUUGAGCAGCAUAUCAACAGUUCAGGUAAUUUAGAGGCUGUUUCUAUGGUGACUCUCAAAGAUGGAACAAAGAUUCGAGCACCUGAAUCAUCAAGGAUAGCAUAUGAAGAUGAGCCAAGACUUAUGUUGUUAAGGGAGUGGAAUUUGUUUGAUUCGAUGUUAUGUUCUUCAUAUAUUGCCACAAAAUUAAAGACAUGGAGCGACAAUGGAAUGAAGAAGCUGAAGCUCCUCCUUGCAAGAAUGGGAUUUGCGCUUGUGGAUUGCCAACAGAAGUUUCAAUACAUGAAUCUUGAAGUAAAGAGGAAAAUGAAAGAUGAAUUUGAACGGUUUUUACCUGAAUACGGGCUUACUGAUUUUUACUACAGGAGUUUCUUGAGGCUUCAUGGGUAUAGCUCCAGGGUUUCUGCGGCAGAUGUGGUCUAUGGGGUGACAGCAUUGCUCGAGUCAUUUGUUAACUCUGAUGGCUCUUGUGCUUCUAAGCAGUUUGGAGAGGCAUAUGAUGCACUCUCCUUGAAUAAUCUUGACAAAUUGAAAGCUGGAAUGCAACAAGCGAUCAAGGUACAGCGAGCAAUUCUUAGACAAGGAAGUACAGCAAUCACAAAAAGUGGUUCUAUCAGAAGUGGAAGGAAGUUCAGAUGGGUAAAGCUUGAGGAUUCAGUGGAUACAAAGUUGUUGGGAUACCCACAGGCUUUGACUAAAUUCUGCUAUUUUCUAAUGGAUGCCUUGAGAGAGAAAGGAGCUAGAGCAAAGCCCUUGCUUUGUGCAUGCUUAUCACAAGAGCCAAACAAGAUGUUGAUUGUUGGGGUUUGUGGAAAACCUCGACUUGGAGCAGUUCAAGGAAAUGCCUUUGGCGUUGCAUUCAGAAAUGCAGCUGAGGAGAUUGGAGCUGAGUUCUUUCAUGAGUUGUUUGAAUCUUCAUGGAUUGUUUUAGAUAAAGGUGCAGUUAAUAAUUUUAUGAUCAGAUUAACUGAGAAGCUAUGAUGGAGAACUUUGUCUACCAUCUAGAUAACUCUCCCUUUUUUUUUUUAAGUUUUCCGGCUCUUUCCCUACAAAAUUAGCUGUGUUCUUGGGGAAGGAUAUCAUCUAUGUUUGUCUCUGAAUUUCUUAAUCCUGCCAUGUUUGAAAUGACUCAUAAAUGCGAAGUCAGAAUUGAUUUCAGUCCAAGAAUUUUUUUC